ACAUCACUCCAGCUGGAACCGGGAGCAGCAGGGAGCCCACCGUGCUGAAGCGGCGUCCCGGCCGGCCGCAGUCUGCGGGCGCCCCGCGGUGCAGGCCCGGCCAAUCAGCGGCCGCGGGGCGGGGGGGGGGGAGGCUGCGCCGCGCGCGGAGCGCAGCGCCAAGCAGAGGCGCCACUGCCGUCCGGGGAUAGACCAUGACUCGCUCACCCGUGCUCUUUCCGCUGCUGCUUCUCCUGCCGCCACUGGCCCCGGGCCUCGGGAUCCGCAGCGCUGGCAGCCGACGCCCGGAGUGCGGUCCCUGCCGGCCCGAGCGCUGUCCGGCGCCCGCUCGCUGCCCUGCGCUCGGAAUAGCUGCGCGCGACGAGUGCGGCUGCUGCGCGAGCUGCCUGGGCGCCGAGGGCGCGAGCUGCGGGGGUCGGGCUGGCGCGCGCUGUGGCCCCGGGCUGGUGUGCACCAGCCGCACCGCCGGGGCGGCGCCCGAGGGCACUGGGCUCUGCGUGUGCGCGCAGCGCGGCGCUGUGUGCGGCUCCGACGGCCGCUCCUACCCCAGCAUUUGCGCGCUGCGCCUGCGCGCCUGGCACGCGCCCAGCGCGCACCCUGGUCAUUUGCACAAGGUGCGCGACGGCCUCUGCGAAUUUGCUCCUGUCGUUGUCGUUCCACCCCGGGGUGUACAUAACGUCACCGGGGCACAGGUGUACCUGUCCUGUGAGGUGAGGGCUGUGCCCAUCCCAGUCAUCACAUGGAGGAAGGUCACACAGUCACCUGAGGGCACGCAGGUACUGGAGGACUUGCCUGGGGACCACAUCAAUAUCGCUGUGCAGGUGCGAGGGGGUCCUUCUGACCAUGAGGCCACAGCCUGGAUUUUGAUCAACCCUCUGAGAAAAGAAGACGAGGGAGUGUACCAGUGCCAUUCAGCCAAUGCGGUUGGGCAGGCCCAGGCCCACAGCACAGUGGCGGUUACAGAUCUGAGCAGACACAAAGCUGCCCGCUUCCCAGCUCCUGAUGACCACAUGUGAUGGAGUAAAUGGCCAUAGAAACAUGGAUCACAGGAUGACAGAAAAGUCAAGUCAUGGAUUGUUUUGCUUUGUGAUGAGUUGGAAAAACUGUAGAUGACUCCUUUUGUAUGUUUCUAAAAAUUAGAUGCAAAUUAGAUUCAUAUGUAGAUGUAGUCUUUAGUAGGGCAAACAUUGGGAAAACAGACUGCAUGUAGCUUUUUUAUACUUUUGAAGUGAAUUGCUCUGGGAGGGUUCUUUUUUUUAACUGUUCCCUCCCAGGGAAGGUCACAUGAUGAUAUAUAUGUAAUUUUAAAGGGCUAGAAUGAGGCAUGUGUCAGCUGUUAUCUCAUUUGUGACUGAUUAGUGGAACUCUGUGACUUAGUGUGUGUUAUAGGAGGAGGAAAGGUCUGUUCUCUUCUGCCUGAUCUCUGACUUACUGUGUGACCUGGACAGGUCCCUCCCCUCUCUGAGCCUUCAUCUCUUCACCUGUGAAUGUGGUGUUUGGGCUGGAUAUUACUCAUUUCUCUCCCAGCCCUGCCAACCUAGACUGAUAUAGCCCUAUGGAAAAAUACAGGAUGUACGGUCUUAGCUUGCUUUUUAAAAUGGUAUUCCCUCAAAACAAAUGUCAUUGCUUCAUGGCAGGGUGCGGACAGCUGACUCUAGCUCUUCGGCCAUUUUUCUAUUUUAAAGAGAUUUAGUCCAAGGUGGGAUACUUUACCAGAUUCAGGGGCUCCUUGGCUGGGCAUCUGGGGACCAAGAUGUUUCCACUUGUUAACAAGCCCAGCAUUCUCUAACCAGGGGGGCAGUGGAGACCUGGUUUCUGAACAUCAAAUUGUAAAAAUAGUGUCAGAUGCUCUUUCUGGGCUGUCGAAUUAGAGUAUAGUAGAAUAUAUUUUAGAGAUGUUUUUACUCACCCAAGAAUAAGGCUUUCUUCCUUUUAAUGAACAAAAAAAAGAAUAUUUAAUAUCUGGGCUAAAUAAGUAGAUCGUGUAGGUGAUUAAAAUUUUUGAAGUCAGAAUUGGGAUCUCACAUCCUUAAAAUUCACGAAGCACCUUUCCAUCAGUGGUUACCUCCCAACUCCAGGACAGUAGGCAGGGCGAGUAUUAAUGUCCUUCCCCCUUUACAGAUGAAGAAACUAGGGCCUGAGGGCCAAGCACUUGCCCAAGGUCUGGAGACCUGUGAGGAGGACCAGAGCGCAGAGUGCUGGCCUCCCUUGGUGCCCUUCCCACUCCAGGUGCUGCUUCGAAGGAUAAUCUCAUAAAUAUGCAAAGGAGGAUGCUGCCAGUUCAUAGAUUUCAUGGAAACUUAUCAAAGUUCAUCUCAACU